AUGUUAUCCAAAACAAGUGCUACUGAUGAUUUUAACAUUACUUCGUUAGAGAGAAAAGCUUUGCUUGCAACUAAAUGGUGGCCGGGGCAUUUAAAUGCUUCAUAUCAUUGUAAUGCUUGGUACGGAAUCAUAUGCAAUGAAGCAGGAAGUGUAGUUUCUAUAGAGAUCUACUACCCUUUUAAUGGUUCCUCUGAAGAAGGUCCACAUGAUCUGCGAAGCCUAGACUUUUCUGCAUUUCCGAACCUUGGUAGCCUUGUCAUUGAAAGCUUUAUGCUUGAAGGAAGCAUUCCAGAGGAGAUUGGUUUGCUAUCAAAUCUGACUGAACUAUCACUUCCUUGGAAUCGCCUCACUGGUAUGUUACCUGUUUCACUCACCAAUCUCACCCAUUUAGAAAUCCUUGUUCUUUUUAACAACAGUUUCAGUGGUAACAUACGAGUUUCACUCACCAAUCUCACCCAUUUGCAACUACUUGAUCUUUCUAGGAACAAUUUCAGUGGUAACAUACCCGUUUCACUUGCCAAUCUCACCCAUUUAAGAUACCUUUAUCUCGGUAGAAACCAACUUACUGGUUCAAUUUCACCAUCUUUUGGUUCCAUGGUCAAUCUCACAGUACUUGACUUGAGCACAAAUCACUUGAAUGCAUCUAUCCCACAGGAACUAAGUACCUUGCAACAUCUAGAAAGGCUGAACCUGGGUGACAACUUUCUGGAUGGCCCACUCUCUAUUAUAAGUUUUCGUAAUCUUAGCAAACUGACAAUUUUAAACCUCGGCAUGAACCGCAUCAGUGGCCCCAUCCCUCUAGGAUUAGCAAAUUUGACCUACUUAGAUUCUCUCGACCUUAAUCAUAACUAUCUUGAGGGUCCUCUUCCUCAAGAAUCUGAAAAUCUGUCAAAACUUUCUUAUCUCGAUCUUUCAUUCAACCAUUUGUCGGGAAACAUAUUGAAGUUUCAAAAUCCAUGUAAUCUGCAGCAUUUAGACCUAUCUAAGAAUCUUUUGACUGGGGCCAUCACAACACUAAGUUUUUGCCAUUUUUUGGACUAUGUGGACCUUAGUAGUAAUAAUUUAGUAGGAGAGGUACCGUUUUUAGAUUUAAAAUAUUAUUUCACACACAUUAAUCUUUCUAACAAUCAUCUGACUGGGAUCUUUCCUAAUAACCUACAAAACCAGUAUGUAGAUAUUGACUUAUCAAACAAUGACUUCACUAGAGGUAACUUCACUAGCGGUAACUUCACUGGAAUAUCUGCCCAUAAAAACAACAAACACAUUGUCUAUUUGGAUAUUUUUCUUCCUCUCUUCUUUGGAGUUAGCUUCUUAAUACUUUGUUAUGUGCUUUACCGUCGUAAAAAGACCCCAACAAAUAAAAUUCACAUUGAAUUGAUAAAACACGGAGAUGUGUGCACGAUAUUGAACUACGAUGGAACAAUUGCAUAUGAAGACUUCAUCACGGUUACGGAGGACUUUGACCUCAAAUACUGCAUUGGAACCGGUGGAUAUGGCAGUGUUUAUGAAGCCAAACUGCCCAGUGGUAUGGUAUUUGCUUUAAAAAAACUCCAUCGGUUUGAAGCAGAGCAACCAGCAUUUGACCAGAGUUUUAAGAAUGAGGUCCAAGUGCUAACCAACCUAAGGCACAAAAACAUUGUGAAACUAUAUGGUUUUUGUUUGCAUAACAAAUGCAACUUCCUUGUUUAUGAAUACAUGGAAAAGGGUAGCCUGUUCUGUGCUCUGAGUAACAUUGAAUUUGCCGUACAAUUGGAUUGGAUCAAGAGGGUGAACAUUGUCAAACAGGUAGCUCAUGCCUUGGCAUAUAUGCAUCAUGAUUGUAUACCACCAAUCAUUCAUAGAGACAUAUCAAGCAACAACAUUCUAUUGAACUCCGAGAUGGAAGGAUUUGUCGCCGAUUUUGGAGCAGCGAGAUUGCUCGACUGUGAUUCGUCCAACCAAACGGUUGUAUCUGGAACCUUGGGAUACAUUGCUCCAGAACUUGCGUAUAGCAUGACUGUGACAGAGAAAUGUGACGUGUAUAGCUUUGGGGUGGUGGCACUUGAAGCAAUUUGUGGAAAACAUCCCGGGGAACUCCUCUCGUCUUUAAACCGUUCUAGUGGUAAAGAUAUAUUAUUGGACGAUGUAUUGGACCCGCGACUGCCUUAUCCAACCGACCAACUGAUUCGUACGGAAAUUGCUCGGGUCUUUCAACUAGCAUGGGCAUGCAUUCUCACAGAUCCAAAGUCUCGGCCCACGAUGAAAAUCAUUUCACAAGAAUUUUCACGUUAA